AUGGCUGGGGCUUGGGGUCGACUGGUUGAGUUUGGAGUAGAAGUGAGAUCGAAAGUGUUAGCGUUUGCCGAGAAAUUUUGGAGGAUGGGUGCAGAUGAUCCGAGGAAGGUCAUUCAUGGUGUUAAAGUAGGGGUUGCUCUCUCGCUCGUCUCACUUUUUUACUAUAUUCGCCCCAUCAAUGAUAAAUUCGGCAGAAACACCAUGUGGGCGGUGAUGACCGUCAUCGUGGUCUUCGAGUACACUGUCGGUGGUUGCUUGUACAAGGUAAUCAACAGAGGAAUAGCCACGCUCAGCGGCGGCAGUCUUGCGCUGGCCGCCCACUGGAUGGCAGCCAAGUCAGGGCCAAAGGCGGAGCCAGUAAUUCUUAGUGCCUUAGUAUUCCUUUUUGCUUUAGCUGCGACAUUUCUCCGAUUCAUGCCGACUGUAAAGGCACGGUUCGAUUACGGCAUCACCAUAUUCAUCCUCACCUUUAGCUUGGUGGCCUUAUCGGGCUCUCACGUCGAUGAUCUGACGGACUUAACAGUGGAACGCAUAUCGACUGUCGGCAUUGGCAUUGCUACCACAGUCUCUGUUUGCAUUUUUGUCUGCCCUGUUUGGUCAGGCCAAGAGCUCCAUUUUCUCAUUUCUAGGAACUUGGAAAAGCUUGCUGAGUCCUUAGAAGGACUAGUAGAAGAUUACUUUCCUAUAAACGGUGACAGCAUGGACAGGACAGAAAUAGCUUCUAAGAGAUCACAUAGCUACAAGUGUGUUCUGGACUCGAAAUCAUCUGAGGAUUCAUGGGCGAGUUUGGCGAGGUGGGAACCGCCACAUGGAUGGUUUAAAUUUGGGCACCCAUGGCAGCAAUAUAGCAUGGUGGGAGUUGCCAUGAGGCAUUGCGCCUACUGUGUAGAAACGUUGCAUGGGUGCGUUAACUCAGAGACGAUUAAGAGACCGGAAUUCUGGGAGAAACAUCUGAGAGAUGUUUGCAUGAAACUGAGCUCAGACUCGUCCAAGGUCUUAAAGGAACUGUCGAGUUCCGUGAAGACGAUGAAGAAGUCUCCUAGUGUCAAUUUAUUGGUCUUGGAGAUGAAAAAUUCAGUGGAAGAGCUUCGGAUUUCUUUGUCAUUAUUGACCGAGCAGUUGCCGUUUAUACAGACAAGGCCAGCAAAGUCAAGUGAAUUAGGGAACGAGAACAGCAGCUUCAUCGACGACCGUGACGUGGCUGUUGUAUUAAUGCCUCUAACGGAAGCCAUGGCACUUGUGACGAUGACAGCGUUGCUCAUCGAGAUAUCGACGAGGAUCGAAGGAGUCGUCGAGGCGGUGGCUACCCUCGCAGAGCUUGCAUGCUUUAAGCCAAUCGGAAACGACGAGUCCCGUUCAAAAGUGCAGGCGGGAGAGCAAGAGUUGAAACCCUUUCAUCAAGUCUGA